AUGUCAUGCUUUGUGGACUUUUGUGAGCUGCUCUCGUGGAUCCUUGACAACCAUGCCCAGCCCAAACUCUUUGCUAUGACUGUUUGGACAGUAUGGAACCAACGUAACCAGAUUCGACAUUAUGUUCCAAGUUGCAAAACGGAUCAGAUUGCUCAAGUGGCUUUGGAAAAACUAAACGAGUUUCGCUAUAUUCUUCCACAGCCAAUGCCUGCUCGUCCACAACCCAAGGCAGUGUGGAAACCACCACCAAGCGGCAUCUUCAAAUUGAAUUUUGAUGGAGCUGUCUUCAAGUUUGAAAACAAAAGUGGUGUGGGUGUUGCUAUUCAGGAUUGCAGAGGACAGAUAAUAGCUUCAUUAGCCCAGGUAUUGCCACAAGCGUAUGGUGCUAUGGAGAUAGAAGCAUUAGCAGCACACCGUGCCUUGGUGUUUGGACUAGAGGUUGGAAUAAGCGAAGCUAUGUUGGAGGUUGAUUGUCAAACUGUCAUGCAAGCCUUGAAGGAAGGAGGGAGUAACUUAGCAUUAGUGAAGCCCCUUAUUCUUGAUGCUCUUAGUCAGUCCAGUUCUUUUACUAAAUUACUAUACUCUCACACUAAGAGAGAUGGUAAUAAACUUGCCCAUAGUAUAGCCCGGCAUUCUAUUAAUGUCGAUAACUAUGUAGUAUGGAUGGAGGAUGUUUCAACACAUUUAUUUUCUAUUUUCUAUUGUUCAGAUUGGAAACUCUCAUCAAAGUGA